UGUUUUUUUUUAAUAUAGUAUCCUAUUAUGUACAGUGAUUCCAACAGUGUUUUCAACUGUAUCCAGAGGGCUCAUCAGAACUUCUUAGAAAAUUAUACACAGUUUCAAGUUUUGUUGCUGUUGGGUGGAAUCCAUUACCCUCGUCUUGGAGCAGCAGCUGGAUUGGUCUGGUUACUUGGGAGAAUUGUUUAUACUAUUGGCUACUCUACAGGAGAUCCACAGAAGAGGAUGCGAGGAGGAUUCCAGUAUGUUGGACUUCUUUUCCUGCUCUACAGCAGUGUGCACUUUGGUGUGGGGCUUCUUGGCUGGAUCUAAUAUAUCAACUGAAAGCCAGACAUGCUGAUACACCAUGUGUUAAAAGUCAUUAAAGCGUACAUCUUUCAAUAAAUUGAGAAUUAAUUUGAGGCCAGUUAUACAAAUAUAAUGUAUAGCACAGUUUUCCAAUAUUAGAUACCAGUGUUUUACUUAUCCAGUUGCAUUAACGUUGUUUAACUAUUCAGAACAAAAUGUUUUUAAUAAAUUUGAUUUAAAAUUAGAA